AGUUCCGACAAAUUGGUGACAGCUUUACGCAGCUCUCACAAUUUCACUCUUCUUUUUGAAGCAGGCCCAAUCCUUGAUUUUGGCUCUUCUACCUAAAAUAGAGAACCAAGUCGAGAUGCUGUCGUUUCUAGGAACCAACAAAAUCAAACAGAAUCCAGAUUUCCAUUUCUUCUCAUAUCAGCCAACUGAGCUCGCUUUCUACCCUCUCUCUCGCCGGUGCCAUGGAGGAUCUUCCUUUACAGAAGGUGGCAAUAUCAGGUCCCACGUUAACCUCCAUGAUACAGCGCUUCUCCUCCUCUCUCGGUGACGUAGACGGCAUCCUAUUCGGCCACGUCACCCACAUGCCCUCCACUCUCUCCGACGACUCACCGCAAACCCGCUCCGACUCCGAUCCCUCUCAACUCGUGGCCAACGUCACUUCCUUCCUUUGCCCCAGCUCACCUCUCUCCUUUUACGAUUCAUUUGGCCGAGUCGACUCUUCUUCUCUCCAUCGAUUCCUGCCCUCUCAAACUCACCACCAGUUCAUUGGCUGGUUCUCCGCCCGCCGCAAAACCCCUAUUCGCCCUUCAAUGCGCGAAUUUUCCGUCUCGCGUUCUCUCUCCACCAACUCUCAGUUCUCUUUCCCCAUCAAAAACUCCGAAAAUCCAAUAAAGUUUGCUCCUUGCAUUUUUCUCUUAUUCGCUACUCCUUUACAAGACCAAUUAAUUCAUACGCACGAGUACCGCGCUUACCAGUUCCGUGUAUCGACGCACUCGUUUGAUCCCAAGUCGAUUGAUAUUGUGAAUAUAGGGCCGGCGUUCCGGGGGCAUUAUGGAUCGUUUAGCCCUAAUUCGCCCUUCCCGAUGUUGAAUUGUGAGUUAAGUUGCUUAUCGGCUAUGAAUGAGGAUAGACAUGAAGAGAAUUUGAGUGAAAAUAAGCAGGUUUCCAAGGACCAGAGGGAGCUGGAUAUGUGCGCAGAGGAUUUUCCGGUUUCGAAUUUGAGCCAGUUAAUGGGAUCGGAGGCUUCGAAUUAUACUGCAGGUUUGGAAUAUUUGUAUGAGAAGAUGUUGGCCAAAAUUGACAGCUUAGCCAGACAGGUGGAGAAGAGCAAUGCUAAGGUUCUUGAGCAGGAAACUCAUAAUAGGAAGUUAAGGCACAAAGUUGCCCGGACUGGACCAGACUAAACGUUUCAUUCCUGCUUGUAUUUUUUAGGUUGUGUCAGGGAUGAGCCUCAUCCUGUAGUUGCUGCGACGAAGAUCCAGUAAUCAAGGAGCUUUUGUUGAUGAUUCUUGUAGUUGGAUAUUCAUGACUACAUUGGAUGUAAAAUAGGUUGAUUGUAUUGGAACUCUGGGCAUUUAGGUGGGUUAUAAGGGGUACCCUGUACACCUCUUAUGUAUUAAUUCAUUUGCUUUGUGCUCCUUCUGCACUUGAAAUUUCUCAUUAUAUCAUAUAUCUAUUUCUCUGUCAAUAAUGUA